AAAAAAAAUGUAUUAAGCAAAAAAAAAAAACCAUUUUCAGAAUUUCUUGAUCUCUUCCUCUCAACUUUUUUUUUUUCCUCAAUCCAUUUCCUCCUGCGCCACCGUGAUUCUCAAUCCGGUCGCCACCUCUCUCGCCGGUUUGCUGAAGUUACUCAGUGAUCCAGAUUUUGAAGGAUGAAUGCGGUUGGGAGGCUAGGGAGCUACAUCUCUCGAGGUGUAUACACAGUCUCUGGGCCCUUUCAUCCAUUUGGUGGUGCUGUGGAUAUUAUUGUAGUUGAACAACAAGAUGGGAGCUUUAAAUCGUCCCCUUGGUAUGUCCGGUUUGGGAAGUUUCAAGGGAUGUUGAAAACAAAAGAGAAGAUUGUUAAGAUAUGGGUCAAUGGAAUUGAAACUAAUUUUCACAUGUAUUUGGAUCACAAAGGGGAAGCUUACUUUCUCCGGGAGAUAGAUGACGUGGAAGAAGGGGAAUCUGUGUUGAAUCCUUCUUCCUCUUCUAGUGAUGGGACAGAAGGGAAAUCCCCAGAUAAUCAGACACCAUUGAAGUCUGAAACUGGCAGUUUUGAUGCUGAUACUUUAAAGGAAGUUGAUCAAAUUGAGAAGAGCAAUGAGAAUGUUAUAAUCAGGACCAAUUCACGUCGAUCAAAGUUCCUUGGAAUUUUUGGAAGGUCUUCAAAGAAAUUGAAUGGCAAUGGAGAAGAGAAUGAUAUACAAAGGGCUGAUUCACUACAGCGUGCAGAGUUUGCAGCUAAUCUUUUAGAAGUGAAGUGGUCCACCAAUCUUGCCACUGAAAUACCUAGGAACAAUGAUGCUUUUUCAUUUUUGGCUACUGAUGUUUUGGAUGAUCAGACUCAUCACGAGGAGCGUGAUAAUAGUAAAGAAGGAAAUGUGAGCUCGUCUAUACAUGAUAGCCAAGAACGUAGUCUAGAAGAGGAGACUUGUUCCGACAAUGAGCAAGUGAUCCUUAGUUCUCGGUCUAUCUUUGAUAGUGUUGAGGAAGCCACUGUGAAUGAAAGUGCUGUUGUCAGUAAUGGUGAGGUAGCAUUGAACUUCUCCAAAUGUGCUGAUGGAGUCCUUUCUGAGAUCAGUGAAGCUGAUUUGCUAGUUGCACAAGAGCUUGAAGGUUUUCCUGGCACACAAUUCAACGAGGAAGAGGUUGUUACUAGAAGAGAUGUUGUAUUACCAAGUUAUCAAUUUUCCCAGGAUGGUGAAGCUGAUGAGAUUCAUUCUGUUAUUUAUUGUGAAUCAUCAGAGAGCUCAAUAUUCAAGGGGGACGCUACAAGCGAACAAACUCAUGAGACUCUGCACAUUGCUAGUAGCAAAGUUGGGGAAUUUCAUGUUCACGCUGAAACUGAACCACUGUCUGAGGAUACAGCUUCUAAUCAGCUCUUGGAGGAUUUUGAAUCCCAGACCGAGAGACCUAAUGACCAAUCAGAACAAACAAAACCCUCUCAUUCUUGCACACAUAACCACAAUGUGGUCUUUGAUGAACCAUUCAUACCGCCAUUGGAGGAAGACUCAUUGUUUUUUGGUGAUAUUGAUGAAUUUAAAACCUGUGGGGAUGGGGACGUGGAAUCAAGUUUUCCAGUAACCACAGGUGCAGAGGAUUUUCCUGGUUCACAAGGCAUUGAAGAGCUAAAUGACUCAAUUAGUAAAGAUAAUCAAUCACAUUUGUUGGAAGAUAGAAUUAUUCAAGAAAAUCAACCAUCUGUUUUUGAGAAUUCAAUAGGAAAUUUGGGGGUUUUAUCAAGUCCUAUAGGUAUAACUAGAACUCAUAAGGUCAUCGAGGAAGUUGGGUGGCUAACAGAAUCAUUGCCUACCAUACGUUCUCAUAUUGCCAGUUUUGACGAACACGAUAUUCAUUGUUUAAGCCAUUCACUGGAUUCAAAGUCCAAAUUGCUGAAUUGGACACUGCAAAGAGAAGAUGACUCAAGCCUUAUAAAAUCAGAUGGAGACAAAGAUAACCAAUUAGAAUCAGAAGUGCCAGAUAUCAAAAACGCGCUGGAAACAGGGGAGGUUAAAAAUAACCCUGCCAAUACAGUUGGGACAGUUUCACUUGGGAGUACACAAAUAUUUGAACCAGAAGGUGCAAUAGCUGUUGACACGGUUGAAAAAACUAUUACAGGAGAUUCAUCUAAAGCAAGUGUUUCUUCUAGUGGGAGUUGGAGACUCUGGCCUUUCUCCUUCAGGAGAUCAAGAUCUUGGAAGGGUGUGCAGCCACCUUUGCACGAGGUUAGAAUUUCUGAUGCUGAAGAUGCUUCUGAGAUCAAAAGUAGCAUAGUUGAAGAUAAAACUAUGCCUGAACCCAAGAUGGGAAAGAAAAUGGUUAGGACACUUCGUCCAACAUCUGAGCAGCUGGCAUCCUUAAAUCUAAAUGACGGGAGGAAUACAAUAACCUUCACAUUCAUGACUCCGAUGCUGGGGAAGCAACAAGUUGAUGCCAGAAUAUAUAAAUGGAAAUGGAACACUCGUAUUGUAAUCUCAGAUGUGGAUGGGACAAUUACAAGAUCAGAUGUUCUUGGUCAGUUCAUGCCCAUGGUUGGAGUAGAUUGGUCGCACACAGGUGUUGCACAUUUAUUUUCAGCUAUUAAGGAAAAUGGGUAUCAGUUGCUUUUUCUGAGCGCUCGUGCAAUUUCACAGGCGUAUCUUACUAGACAAUUUCUUUUUAAUCUUAAGCAGGAUGGAAAGGCUUUACCAGAGGGGCCCGUGGUGAUAUCGCCUGAUGGGCUUUUUCCCUCUCUUUACCGAGAAGUUAUUAGAAGGGCUCCUCAUGAGUUCAAGAUUUCAUGCUUGGAGGAAAUCAAAUCCUUGUUUCCUGCCGAUUGCAGUCCAUUCUACGCCGGUUUUGGAAAUAGAGAUACAGAUGAAGUUAGCUACCUUAAGGUCGGAAUUCCACUAGGAAAAAUCUUCAUUAUCAAUCCCAAGGGAGAGGUUGCUGUUAACCGCCGUGUUGACACAAAAUCAUACAAAUCAAUUCAUACUCUUGUUAACGGCAUGUUUCCAUCCACGAGUUCUUCCGAGCAGGAGGAUUACAAUUCAUGGAAUUUUUGGAGGUUGCCACCUCCUUCUAUGGAUAUCUGAAGGUACAAAUCAGCAGCAUACAUUUCUUAACCCUUUUGAAAUUGAGUGUGCGGUUGGCAAUCUUGUACAAAACCGUAAGUUCAGAAGUGGUCAAUGCUAUUGUCAACAUAAUUAGGGAGGUGAGGUGGCCAACUAUUAUUGGCCACUGACAAACAGCUCACAGUAAUGGAAGAGUUGAGGUCCAAUCCAACUUGUCUGUCUGUAUUCCAAUUUUGUAUGAAUGCUUCAAAAUCUGACCAACCAAACAUUAAUUUCAUUUUUGUACAGUACUAGGCAUUUGAUUCAAUCAACUGAUUUGAUGUAUGUUUAGUCACCUAAGUUUAUUGUUUUCAUGUACAUAUGAACCUUUAAUGUAUACAAUAUUUUUUCUCAUAUUAAAAAUGGAAAAAAUAAUCUGUA